AUGUACCGUCUUGAUUGCAAAGUUGGCAAACAUGGAAACCGAGUAUCAAUUGCUAAUGAAACUGGUGCCAAACCGGAUCUAUGGCACCAAAGAAUGGCGCAUUUAAAUGCCGGUCAAAUGAAAAUCAUGGCUUCAAAGGAACUCAUUACAGGCACGGACAUACCUGGAACGGGCAAGUUAAGUUUUUGCGUGGCCUGUGCGGAGGGAAAGGCUCACCGAGCGCCAUUUAAGCCAGUGGGAGAAAUUAAGUCAACGAGAAGGUUAGAGUUGGUCCAUAGUGAUGUUGCCGGACCGAUGAAGACUGAAAGCUUUGGAGGUGCAAAGUACUUCGUCACCUUCAUCGAUGAUUACUCCAGAUGUGUCACUGUUCACCCAAUGAAGUAUAAGUCUGAAGUGUUGGAAAAAUUCAAGGAGUGGGAGGCAGCCGUGACAAACCAGGCAUGCAAGAUUAAGACACUUCGGACAGACAAUGGUGGUGAAUGCACAUCCACCGAGUUCCAAGAUUUUCUAAAGGAGAAAGCAAUUCGCAAUGAGACUACAGUGCCACAUUCACCCCAGCAGAAUGGGGUAGCUGAGCGCAUGAACCGAACACUUCAAGAAGCAGCUCUCUUUAUGAUUCUGCAUGCUGGACUGUCCAAAGCUUUCUGGGCAAAAGCAGUUUGCAAUGCGGCCUAUGUAAGAAACCGAGUCAUCACGACUGCGACCGCGGUAACCCCUUACGAAAGAUGA